GUCUUCUUUGCUUUGGGGUUUCGUCUCUCCCCUCUGUAAAUCCAACCCUAAAUCUCUCAUCCCUAUUGCAUGCUCUCUACUUUGGAUGUGUAGCCGUCCAUCGCUCUUCUCCCUCUUCUCUCUCAGUUGAGUGAGAUGGCGAACGUGAGAUCGAGUUUGCCGUCGAGGCUGCGCCAGCUGUUGGCUGGUGAAAGCACAAUCGGUCCUUCUAUCAAAUUGGACUCUGAGCCCGGGAAUUUUCAUCAUUGGAGGCCAUUGUUUCUGCAUUUUGAUACAUAUUUCAAGACGUAUUUGUCAUCUAGGAAUGACCUUCUUCUAUCUGAUAAGAUUGUAGAAGAUGACAGUGCAUUUCCAAAGCAUGCAGUUCUGCAAAUUUUGCGAGUGAUGCAAACAAUUUUGGAAAAUUGCCCUAACAAAAGUUCGUUUGACGGCUUGGAGAAUUUCAAGCUUCUACUUGCAUCCACAGAUCCUGAAAUUGUUAUAGCUGGGCUAGAGACCCUUGCCGCACUUGUCAAGAUAAACCCUAAGGUUCAUGGGAGUGGUAAGUUGAUUGGAUGUGGCUCUGUUAACAGUUAUCUGCUGUCUCUUGCUCAGGGCUGGGGAAGCAAGGAGGAGGGCUUGGGAUUAUAUUCAUGUGUUUUGGCAAAUGAGAGAACACAGGAUGAAGGGCUUUCUUUGUUUCCGCCUGAUGUAGAAAAUGACUCUGACAAAUCUCAGUACAGAAUUGGUUCUACACUUUAUUUUCAGUUGCAUGGCCUUAAUGGUCAAGGCACUAAUGAGAACAGUGAGAAUACAACUUCUACGCUGAGAGUCAUACACAUGCCAGAUCUUCAUCUGCGGAAGGAGGAUGAUCUAUUAUUAAUGAAGGAAUGCAUUGAGCAGUACAAUGUACCUAGUGAGCUCCGAUUUUCAUUGCUGACUAGAAUUAGAUACGCCCAUGCCUUUCGGUCUUCUAGAGUAUGCAGGCUGUAUAGCAAGAUCUCACUUCUUGCAUUUAUUGUGCUUGUUCAAUCUGGUGAUGCUAAUGAGGAAUUGACAUCCUUCUUUGCUAACGAGCCAGAGUACACAAAUGAGUUAAUCAGGAUUGUGCGGUCAGAGGAAAGUAUUCCUGGAACUAUUAGAACUCUUGCAAUGCAUGCAUUGGGGGCUCAGUUAGCUGCAUAUUCUGCUUCUCAUGAUCGGGCAAGAAUUUUUAGUGGUUCGAGCAUGAGUUUCACUGUAGGAAAUCGAAUGAUUCUCCUGAAUGUGCUUCAAAAGGCUGUUUUGUCACUGAAAAGCUCCAAUGAUCCGUCAUCUAUUGCUUUUAUUGAAGCUCUUUUGCAGUUCUAUUUGCUGCACAUUGUUUCAUCCUCAGCAUCAGGGAGUAAUAUCAGGGGGUCAGGAAUGGUUCCCACAUUUUUGCCUCUUUUGGAGGAUUCUGAUCCAAACCACCUGCAGCUUGUCUAUUUGGCUGUUAAAGCCCUCCAAAAGCUCAUGGAUUACAGUAGUUCAGCUGUGUCACUGCUUAGAGAACUGGGUGGAGUAGAGCUUUUGUCUCAUAGGCUACAAAUAGAAGUAAGUAGAAUUACUGGUACAGUUGUAGAGGGUGAUAAUUCUAUGAUAAUUGGUGAAGGCUCAACAAACAGUGAUGAUCUGCUAUACUCACAGAAGAGGCUCAUCAAGGUGCUUUUGAAGGCACUUGGUUCUGCUACAUAUACCCCAACAAACAACACCAGGCCUCAGAACAACCAUGAUAGUUCUUUACCUCACACUUUGUCACUGAUAUAUGAGAAUGCAAAUAAAUUUGGAGGUGACAUUUACUAUUCAGCUGUGACUGUUAUGAGUGAGAUUAUCCACAAAGACCCAACUUGUCUUCCUGCCCUCCUGGAAUUACGUCUUCCAGAGGCCUUUUUAUCAUCAGUGGUAGGUGGAGUACUUCCUUCAUCAAAGGCUAUUACUUGUGUUCCACAUGGACUUGGUGCCAUAUGCCUUAACGCCAAAGGUUUAGAGGCGGUGAAAGAAACCUCAGCAUUACGGUUCCUUAUUGACAUCUUCACCAGCAAGAAAUAUGUCUUGGCAAUGAAUGAAGCUGUUGUUCCGUUGGCAAAUGCAGUAGAAGAGCUAUUGCGCCAUGUUUCUUCCUUGAGAGGGACUGGUGUUGAUAUAAUAAUUGAAAUUGUAAAUAAAAUGGCUUCCCUUGCUGAUAGCAACUUUUCCAGGUCAUCCUCAUUGGAAAAAAUGAAUGGAAGUACUGCAAUGGAAACUGAUUCUGAAGAGAAGGAAAAUGAAGAGCAUUGUUGUCUGGUUGGUUCUGUUGAUUCCAUAGCAGAAGGCAUCAGUGAUGAGCACUUCCUUCAACUGUGUAUCUUUCAUUUAAUGGUUCUGCUUCACAGAACUAUGGAGAAUUCUGAAACCUGUAGGUUAUUUGUAGAGAAGUCAGGAAUUGAAACUUUACUGAGGCUUCUCUUAAGGCCUGGUAUUGUACAGUCUUCUGAGGGGAUGGCUAUUGCUUUACAGAGCACCAUGGUUUUUAAGGGUUUCACUCAGCAUCACUCUACUGCUCUUGCGCGUGCCUUCUGUUCUUCCCUAGGGGAGCACUUGAAGCAAGCUUUGACUGGAUUUAAUGGGGUAUCGGGGUCUUUUCUGCUGGAUCCCAGGGCAAAGCUUGAUGAUGGAGUACUUGCACCACUUUUUCUCAUUGAGUUCCUUCUCUUUCUUGCUGCUUCAAAAGAUAAUCGCUGGGUAACUGCAUUGCUUACAGAAUUUGGAAAUGGUAGCAAAGAUGUUCUUGUAGAUAUUGGAGGCGUACAUCGUGAAAUUUUAUGGCAGAUAGCCCUCCUUGAAGAUGCCAAACUUGAAGUGGAGGAUGAGAGUUCUGGUUCUGGUUCUGGUUCUGCUGAAGUGCAACAGCCUGAAUCUAAUACAAAUGAAAUUGCAGAUCAAAGGUUCAACUCUUUUAGGCAGUUCCUUGAUCCAUUAUUAAGGAGGAGGACAUCUGGAUGGAGUAUUGAGUCUCAGUUCUUUGACCUUAUAAACCUGUAUCGUGAUCUUGGACGUGCUCCUGGUUUUCAACAGAGAUUGGGCACUGAAAGUCCAAACCUGCGAUUAGGAGCCAAUCAGUCCUCUUCCUCCGAUGCUUCUGGAUCUGUUAGUAGAAGAGAAUUUGAUAAGCAGAGAUCUUAUUACACUUCAUGCUGUGAUAUGAUCAGAACACUUAGCCUUCAUAUUACCCACUUGUUUCAAGAGUUGGGAAAAGUGAUGCUGCUUCCUUCUCGUAGACGAGAAGAUACUGUCAAUGCAUCUCCAGCAUCUAAAUCCGUUGCUUCCACUUUUGCCUCCAUUGCCCUGGAUCAUAUGAAUUUUGGAGGUCAUGUAAACUCAUCUGGAUCAGAAGCACCCGUAUCAACAAAGUGUCGCUACUUUGGUAAGGUUAUUGACUUCAUCGACAGCAUUCUUCUUGACAGGCCUGAUUCUUGUAAUCCUAUAUUGCUAAAUUGCUUAUAUGGCCGUGGAGUUGUUCAAUCGGUGUUGACAACAUUUGAGGCUACCAGCCAAUUGUUAUUCGCUGUUAAUAGGGCUCCGGCAUCUCCCAUGGAUACUGAUGAUGGGAAUAUAAAACAUGAUGAAAAGGAAGAUGUGGAUCAUGCAUGGAUUUAUGGUCCCUUAGCUAGUUAUGGUAAACUUAUGGAUCACCUGGUGACAUCUUCCUUUAUUUUAUCUCCAUUUACCAAACACCUGCUUGUGCAACCACUUACAAACGGAGAUGUUCCUUUUCCACGGGAAGCUGAAACUUUUGUCAAGUUGCUUCAAUCAAUGGUGCUGAAGGCAGUACUUCCUGUUUGGACUCACCCACAAUUCACUGAUUGUAGUUUUGAUUUCAUUACCACUGUUAUUUCUAUCAUCAGGCACAUCUACUCCGGGGUUGAAGUGAAAAAUGUUGCUAGCAGCAAUGGUGCUCGUGUUACUGGCCCCCCUCCAAAUGAAACGGCCAUAGCAACAAUUGUGGAGAUGGGAUUUUCCAGGUCUAGGGCAGAAGAGGCUUUGAGGCAAGUUGGGUCAAACAGUGUGGAAUUGGCUAUGGAAUGGUUAUUCUCCCAUCAAGAGGAAACCCAGGAGGAUGAUGAACUUGCUCGAGCACUUGCCAUGUCCCUUGGAAAUUCUGAAGCUGACACAAAGGAAGAUGUUUCGAAUGACAGUAGUCAGAAACUUGAAGAAGAGAUGGUACAACUUCCUCCAGUUGUGGAAUUAUUGUCCACAUGCACAAAGCUGCUGCAGAUGAAGGAACCUCUAGCAUUCCCUGUCAGAGACCUGCUUGUGUUGGUCUGCUCCCAAAAUGAUGGUCAAUGUAGGUCUAGUGUCAUCUCCUUCAUUCUUGACCAAGUGAAAGACUGUAGCUCAGUUUCAGAUGUUAGAAACAAUUCUCUGCUCUCUUCUCUUUUCCAUGUUCUUGCUUUGAUUCUUCACGAGGAUUCAGGCGCACGGGAAAUAUCCUCAAAGUCUGGACUUGUAAAAAUUGUGUCAGAUUUACUUUCACAGUGGGAUUCUGGUUCAGUUGACCAGGAAAAAUGUCAAGUUCCAAAGUGGGUAACAACUGCUUUCCUUGCGCUUGAUAGGCUAUUGCAGGUGGAUCAGAAAUUAAAUUCUGAAAUUGUUGAGCUCCUGAAAAGUGAUAAUGUUGGUAGCCAGCAAACAUCUGUUUGUAUUGAUGAGGAUAAGAAAACAAAGUUGCAAUCCUGUUUUGGAUAUCUGAGACAUAUAGAAAUUCAUGAGCAGAAGAGACUAAUUGAGAUUGCCUGUAGUUGUAUCAGAAACCAGCUUUCAUCUGAAACAAUGCAUGCCGUUCUGCAGUUGUGUGCUACUCUGACCAGAACUCAUUCUAUUGCUGUUUGUUUUCUUGAUGGUGGGGGUGUUAGCUCCCUCCUUUCAUUGCCAACAAGUAGCCUCUUUCCUGGGUUUGACAAUGUUGCUGCUACCAUCAUCCGUCAUGUCCUUGAAGAUCCCCAAACCCUCCAGCAGGCAAUGGAAGCUGAGAUAAGGCACAACCUCGUGGCUAUUGCUAAUAGGAAUUCAAAUGGAAGGGUAACUCCACGUAAUUUCCUUAUGAAUGUAAAUUCAGUCAUUGCUCGAGAUCCAGUGAUAUUUAUGCAAGCUGCUAAGUCUAUCUGCCAAGUUGAGAUGAGUGGUGAAAGGCCUUAUAUUGUUUUGCUGAAAGAUCGUGACAAAGAUAAAUGCAAAGAGAAGGAGAAGGAGAAAGAUAAAACGCAGGCUAAUGAUGGAAAGGUCAGUAUAGGUGGAGUGAUCCUGGUAAGUCCUGGUAAAGUUCAUGAUUCAAAUUCCAAGACGGUUAAAAUGCAUAGGAAAUCUCCUCCAAGCUUUGUCAAUGUGAUUGAGCUCCUUUUGGAUUCUGUUUGUUCCUUUCUGCCUCCCUUGAGAGAUGAUGUAAUGACUGAUGAGCCGCUUGAUGCACCAUCAUCAACUGACAUGGAGAUUGAUGCAGCUUCUGUAAAGGGAAAAGGGAAAGCCAUUGCAACGUUGUCCGAAGAGAGUGAAUCCAGCAGCCAAGAUGCAUCUGCAUCACUUGCAAAAAUUGUAUUCAUCUUAAAACUAUUGACAGAGAUUUUAUUGAUGUAUGCUUCAUCUGUUCAUGUUCUACUCCGGAAGGAUGGUGAAGUUAGUAGUUGUAGGGCUGCUAAUCAAAGGGGAUCCACUGGUUUAUCUGGUGGGGGAAUAUUUCACCAUAUUCUUCACAGAUUUAUUCCCUAUUCCCGAAAUUCAAAGAGAGAGAAGAAAAUUGAUAGUGACUGGAGGAAUAAACUGGCAACCAGGGCGAGUGAGUUUUUGGUGGCAUCUUGUGUUCGAUCUGCUGAGGCUAGGAAGAGAAUUUUUACUGAGAUCAAUUAUGUUUUCAAUGAAUUUUUUGAAUCAGCUGAUUGUUUCAGGCCACCAGGAAAUGAUAUGCAGGUCUUUGUUGAUCUAUUGAAUGAUAUAUUAAUCGCUCGUGGACCCACUGGUUCAUGCAUCUCAGCAGAAGCUUCUGCCACUUUCAUAGAUGUUGGUCUAGUUGGAUCAUUGACACGAUUGCUAGAGGUGCUGGACUUGGAUCAUUCUGAGUCACCCAAAGUUGUUACAGGAGUGGUCAAAGUUCUGGAGCUGGUGACCAGGGAAUAUGUCCAUUCUGCUGAUUCUAAUGUGGUGAAAAAUGAAAAUUCAACAAAACCUUCUGAUCAUAAUCAGUCUGGCAGAACAGAUGGUACUGUUGAUGGAUCACAAUCCAUGGAAAUGGCAUCUCAGUCGAAUAAUGAUUCCAUGGUAGCUGAUCAUACUGAGCCUUUCAAUUCUGUCCAAAACUAUGGUGGAUCAGAAGCUGUCACAGAUGAUAUGGAACAUGACCAGGAUCUUGAUGGAGGGUUUGCUCCUGCUUCCCAGGAUGAUUAUAUGCAAGAAACUCCGGAGGGUAGAAGUGCUCCUGAGAAUGGAAUUGAUAAUAUGGGGAUACAUUUUGAAAUCCAGCCCCAUGUACAGGAAAAUCUUGAAGAUGAGGAUGAGGAGAUGUCGGGGGAUGAAGUUGAUGAAGAUGAAGAUGAAGAUGAAGACGAAGAUGAGGAACAUAAUGAUCUGGAGGAAGAUGAAGUGCAUCACCUGUCUCAUCCUGACACAGAUCAAGAUGAUCAUGAAAUUGAUGAUGAUGAUGAGUUUGAUGAAGAAGUUUUGGAGGAAGACGAUGAAGAGGAUGGGGACGAUGAGGGUGGUGUUAUUCUCAGGUUGGAGGAGGGUAUUAAUGGAAUAGAUGUGUUUGACCAUAUUGAGGUUUUUGGCAGGGAUCAUAGCUUUCCUAAUGAAACACUUCAUGUGAUGCCAGUAGAAGUUUUUGGUUCAAGACGUCAAGGGCGAACGACUUCCAUUUACAGUCUUUUGGGAAGAAGUGGAGAGAAUUCUGCCCCCUCAAGACAUCCUCUUUUGCUGGGACCUGUCUCUGGACGUACAGCUCCUCAGAGACAGUCAGAUAAUUCCCAUGAUAUGGUAGUUUCUGAUAGAAGCUCAGAGAGUACAUCAUCCCGGCUGGAUUCUAUUUUCCGAUCUUUGAGAAAUGGGCGACAUGGACAUCGACUAAACUUGUGGAUGGAUGAAAGCCAACAAAUUGGUGGGUCAAGUUCAGCUACAAUACCACAAGGUCUUGAAGAGUUGCUUGUUUCACAGUUGAGGCGACCAACCCCUGAGAAACAUUCUGAGCAUGAUAGCUCGACAGUAGUGGAACCUCAAACUCAUGGUGAAGGUGGUCAGUUACUGGAAUCAGGAUCUGGUAUGAGGCCUGAGACUCCCAUAGAAAACAAUGUAAAUAAUGAGAAUGCCAGGAUCCCUCCAUCUUCUGUAGCAAUUGACAAUUCUGGCAAUGCUGAUGUGAGACCUGCAGCUAAUGAUUCUGUACAAGGAGCAGAUGCAUUGAGUACACAUUCACAGUCUGUUGAGAUGCAGUUUGAGCAGAAUGAUCCAGCUGUUCGUGAUGUUGAAGCGGUAAGCCAAGAAAGUAGUGGAAGUGGAGCGACUUUAGGUGAAAGCCUACGAAGCCUAGAUGUAGAAAUUGGUAGUGCAGAUGGCCAUGAUGAUGGUGGAGAUAGACAAGGUUCCACAGAUAGAAAUCCUUUAGGCGAUCCACAGGCACCUCGUACAAGGAGGACAAAUGUGUCUCUUGGGCAUUCUACUCCUGCAAGUGGCAGAGAUGUAUCCUUACACAGUGUUACUGAAGUUUCAGAAAAUUCUAGUAGAGAAGCAGAACCAGAUGAGGCAGCUACAGAGCAACAGAUAAAUAAUGAUGCUGGUUCUGGAUCCAUUGAUCCUGCAUUCCUGGAAGCUCUUCCUGAGGAGUUACGUGCUGAGGUUCUUUCAGCUCAACAGGGUCAAGUAGCACAACCUUCAAAUGCUGAACAGCAGAAUACAGGAGAUAUUGAUCCAGAAUUCCUUGCAGCCCUUCCCCCUGACAUUCGAGCUGAAGUUCUUGCACAACAACAAGUGCAAAGGCUUCAUCAGUCACAGGAACUUGAAGGUCAACCAGUUGAAAUGGACACAGUCUCAAUAAUAGCUACAUUUCCUUCAGAUCUGCGGGAAGAGGUUCUCUUAACAUCAUCAGAUGCUAUUCUUGCUAAUCUCACGCCUGCACUUGUGGCUGAGGCAAACAUGUUACGAGAAAGAUUUGCUCAUCGGUAUCAUAACCGUGCCUUGUUUGGUAUGUACCCAAGAACUCGUAGAGGUGAAUCUUCUAGGCGAGGUGAAGUUAUUGGAUCCAGCGUGGAAAGGGUUGGGGGAAGUAUUGCCACACGCAGAUCUCUUACAGCCAAGUUAAUUGAAGCUGAUGGAACACCUUUAGUUUCUGCAGAAGCUCUUCAAGGAAUGGUUCGAUUGCUUCGUGUUGUUCAGCUACCAUAUAAAGGCUCAUUGCAGAAGCUUCUCUUCAACUUGUGUGCUCAUAGUGAAACAAGAACUGCUCUAGUUAAAAUCUUGAUGGACAUGCUGAUGCUUGAUACAAGAAAAACUGAUGGUUAUUCGAAGUCUGUUGAGCAGACUUAUCGGCUUUAUGGUUGCCAGAACAAUGUCGUGUAUUCACGUCCUCAACAUUUUGACGGAGUUCCUCCUUUGGUGUCUCGGCGUGUUCUUGAAACUCUCACCUACUUGGCUAGAAAUCAUCCUUAUGUUGCAAAGAUUUUACUUCAGUUUAGGUUGCCUCUCCCUACCUCGCAAGAGUCAGGGAGUACUGAUCAAGCUCAUCAAAAGGCUUUGAUGAUUGAUGAGCGUCAGGGAGUAUGCAUAUCUAUUGCAUUGCUUUUGAGUCUCUUAAAUCAACCACUGUACUUGAGAAGUAUAGCACAUCUUGAACAACUGCUUAACUUAUUGGAGGUCAUCAUUGACAAUGCGGAUAGAAAGCCCCUCUCAUCUGAUAAAUCUGGGGCAUCUCCUACCGAGCAAACACCAAAUCCUCAAAUUUCAACAUCAGAAAAUGUCGAAACUCAUGAUGCUCCAUCUGAGGCUGCUGCUUCAUCUUCUAAGACUGUUGAUCCUCCCAAACCUUCAAUAUCCAGUGCAGAUAAUGAAUGUGAUGCUCAAAAUGUGCUAAUUGACUUGCCACAGACUGAACUUCGACUUCUAUGCUCAUUGCUCGCUCGAGAAGGCUUGUCAGAUAAUGCAUAUAAUCUUGUGGCAGAGGUGAUGAAGAAGUUGGUGGACAUUGCUCCAAGCCAUUGUCAUCUGUUUAUUACUGAGUUAGCAGAUUCUGUACGAAAUUUGAUUCAAUCUGCUAUGAGUGAGUUACACAUGUUUGGUGAGGCAGUAAAAGCGCUCCUCAGUACAACAUCUUCUGAUGGAGCUGCAAUUUUGAGGGUUCUACAGGCUCUAAGCUCUCUUGUUGCCUCAUUAGCUGAGAAAGACAAGGACUUGCCACUGCUUCCUGAGAAUGAGCGUUCUGCUGCUCUUUCUCAGGUGUGGGACAUCAAUGCUUCUUUGGAGCCUUUGUGGCUGCAGUUGAGUACUUGUAUCAGCAAAAUAGAGAGUUACUCAGAUUCUGCACCUGAUUUGUUAACUCCAUCUCGGACUUCUGCAUCAAGACAAUCUAGUGUAACACCACCCCUUCCUGCUGGAACUCAAAAUAUCCUACCAUAUAUAGAAUCUUUCUUUGUGAUGUGUGAGAAGUUACAUCCUGCACAACCAGGUUCUGGUCAUGAUUUAGGCAUCCCUGCAAUUUCUGAUGCUGAAGAUGCCAGUGCAUCUGCUAACCAGCAGAAAACUGCUGGUCCCAUUUCAAAAGUUGAUGAAAAGCAUGCUGCCUUUGUUAAGUUCUCUGAGAAACAUAGGAAGCUACUAAAUGCAUUCAUCCGUCAAAAUCCUGGGUUGCUAGAGAAGUCAUUCUCACUGAUGCUGAAAGUUCCCCGGUUUGUUGAUUUUGAUAAUAAACGUGCUUACUUCAGGUCAAAAAUUAAGCACCAGCAUGAUCAUCAUCACAGUCCCCUAAGAAUUUCUGUGAGACGAGCUUACAUACUUGAAGAUUCGUAUAACCAGCUGCGGUUGCGAUCAACCCAAGAUUUGAAGGGAAGGCUAACUGUUAAUUUUCAAGGAGAGGAAGGCAUUGAUGCUGGUGGACUUACAAGGGAAUGGUAUCAGCUAUUGUCCAGGGUCAUCUUUGACAAAGGAGCAUUGCUUUUUACAACAGUCGGCAAUGAAUCAACCUUCCAGCCGAACCCCAACUCAGUCUACCAAACAGAGCAUCUUUCAUACUUCAAAUUUGUUGGACGAGUUGUUGGUAAAGCACUUUUUGAUGGGCAACUCUUGGAUGUCCACUUUACUCGGUCAUUCUACAAGCAUAUUUUGGGUGUCAAAGUUACGUAUCAUGACAUUGAAGCAAUUGAUCCUGCUUACUUUAAAAACCUAAAGUGGAUGCUUGAGAAUGAUAUUAGGGAUGUUUUGGACCUUACUUUUAGCAUUGAUGCGGAUGAGGAGAAGCUUAUUUUGUAUGAAAGGACACAGGUGACUGAUUAUGAGCUUAUCCCUGGUGGGAGAAACAUUAAAGUAACUGAGGAGAAUAAACACCAGUAUGUUGACUUAGUUGCUGAGCAUCGAUUGACAACUGCAAUUCGUCCUCAAAUAAAUGCGUUUUUGGAAGGAUUCAGUGAGUUAAUUCCUAGGGAAUUAAUAUCUAUUUUUCACGACAAGGAGCUGGAAUUGCUGAUAAGUGGGCUUCCAGAUAUUGAUCUUGAUGAUUUGAGGGCAAAUACCGAGUACUCUGGUUACAGUGCUGCAUCUCCUGUGGUACAGUGGUUUUGGGAGGUUGUUCAAGGCUUCAGCAAGGAGGAUAAAGCUCGUCUAUUGCAAUUUGUGACUGGCACCUCAAAGGUGCCUUUAGAGGGCUUCAGUGCACUUCAAGGAAUUUCAGGCUCACAGAGGUUUCAGAUUCACAAAGCAUAUGGCGGUCCCAAUCACUUACCUUCUGCCCAUACUUGCUUCAAUCAGUUGGACUUACCGGAGUAUCCCUCUAAAGAACAUCUGGAGGAGAGACUUCUGCUUGCAAUUCAUGAAGCCAGUGAAGGGUUUGGAUUCGGUUAAUACCAAGAAUGGGGCAUCAAAGUUGUCAUGUAGAUAAAAAUACAAUGCACCAACUUUUUGGUUAUAUUGGUGGUUAAUUAAAGGGUUAGGGUGAACAUUGAAUCGACAAAUGUUUAUAUACUGUACAGUCAUAUAUUGGCUAUGGAAAUGGUUGGCGGUUUUUAGACUAGCCAUUGUUUUCAUUCUAGCCAGUGUUUUCAUUCUUCCUUCCCUUUUAUUAUCUUCUUUAUAUCCUGAAGUUUUUAGUUUACCUAGAUAUUUUUGCG